AUGCCUUUUCCAUUCGAGCUUCCUACAACAUCAUCAUUUUCGUUUUCAACAUACUUCACCAGCGACUCACAUCCAUCACUACCUUUGGCAGCGAGUACCUACAGAGGAGUUCUUCGUAAUGCAUUGAAGAGACACAAACGACUUACUCCUUCACAACAAUCUUCAAACCUUUCAUCCAUUCUUCAAGCACUUAAUAACUACAUCCCAUAUCUAUUAGCUCUUGACUCUGGCAUAUCUUCCCAAUCUCAAUCAGGAGCAGAACAUAUAGAUAUCAUUCUUACUUCAACACCAACCUUGGAAUGGCGUCCAACUCUUUCAGAUCACCCGAUCCCUGGGAGAGAAAUCCCAAGAAUAAAAAUACAAAGUCUAGAAUAUGAAAUUUAUUUCGUUCUUUCAACACUAGCCUAUACUCAUGUUCUUCUCUCACGAUCUUCAUUACAUCCCCUUUAUUCAUCAGCUACAGCAUCACCAUCAUCUGAUCAAAGAACUUCAUGUAUUAAAGCUGCUACAGAACAAUUAUUAUCAGCUGGUUCAAUUCAUAACUAUCUUUUUGCUCGCUCAACAACUUUAACUUCUCCACCUCCUUGUCCAGAUAUUUCGAAUCCAGUUUUUCGUGCUUUAAGUAGCUUGACUUUAGCGGAAAGCAAUUUACUAGCAGUUUUGAAAGAUGAUCCAUAUCCGGCAGCAGUUCAACAAGAUCGCAAUAAAAACGAUAAGGAAUGGAUGAUUAAAGCUCCUGAGAUGCCUAAAGUUCGCGCUCAUCUAUUUGCAAGGUUAUGCCUUGCUGCUGCUGAACAUGCAGGUAAUGCAUUAGCAAUGUUAGGUGGGAUGGGUAAUGGAGGAAAGGAAAAAGUUGAUGCUGAGUUAUUAAAAUAUGUGGAAGAUUUGCGAAGAGUAGGAAGAGGAAAAGCUUGUAGAUUUUUCGGUGUGGAUGCUGAAUUAGGUGGAAAAACAGGUGAUGGUAUUGGAUGGUUAAGGGCUGGCUUGAGUGAGUUGGGAAUAGCGGUGGGAGAUGAUGGAAAGAAAUCUUCUGGAAUAGGAUUCGGAAGAUUUAAGAAAGAGUGGACAGAGAAAAGAGAAGAUCGUAGGGUAGAGAAAGGAAAGGAUUGGGGAAGUGAUGCAGGGAAAGCAGAAGAAGCUAGAGUUCUAGAAAUGUUGGAAAAGAAAUGGGUGAAGAUGAAUGAUACUAUCGGUACACAACUUAUACCUUCUAUAGGUACACUCAUCUCCAGUCUACCAUCAGGACGGGAAAUGCAUACAUUGAAAAUGUAUAAUCCUCCAGGCCUUGACACGCAAGUUUUGGAAAAUAUGAGAGCACCCCCAGAUCGAGCAGAUACAUAUGAAGAGAAUGAUAGUUCGGAUGAAGAUCAUAAUGGAACACCAGUUGGUGCAUUCCCAGGUACUAAAGGGGAUUAUACUGCUAGCGCGAAUUAUUUUUAA